AUGGCGCAUCAUUUCUAUACCCCAGAGGAAGAGGUCAGCUUCGAUCAGCAAUCCAAGCGAGAUGCGCUUCCUAUGUCGCAUCCUGGCCGAGGGGACAGUCAGCAGGAGGUCGGAGAGAGAGGCCUCCCCUGUGUCAGCCCUACCCCGGAGCUCGAUGGGAAGAAUCGAAGUUCAACAAGACGACGUAUUCAGGUUGCAGUCAACUCAUCAAUGUUGCAAACUAAGGUCGGCGUAUGGGCUUAUCCUACGAAUGGCAUGUCUCAAUCUCAGAGGAUGGGCUUGUAUACAUCCCCGGUGGGCCCCAAGUCAAGAGUUCACGCUGUGAACUCGCAAAGUCUCCGUGGAUCUCCAUAUUCCCGGUCAUCCUCAUAUGACCUGGGAUCGACAGAUCCCCAGCAAUCGUACUCUCGUUCCCCGCUAGUCGAGCAUGCGAUCAGCUACGAGGACGACUCACCGGCCGGGUACACCUCGCCAUCAUCCGCCUACAUGCUUCCUCAUACCUCGCAGCAAGUUUUCGCCGACUACUGCGGGCUUCCAUGGACGAAGGCCUGGAGCCCGAACAUGAACAUGAGUAGGGGCCCUAGCAGCGGGAUAUUUCCUGAGCACGAGGCCGAAGGCUCGGUACCCCCGUCAGCCUACUCCUACAUGUUUCCAGGGGCGCCGUCGACCGAUCCGACAAUGGCCCUGCUAUCCGAAACGCUGGGCACGGACCGGACGCUACCGAAUCCCACAACGCGAAACCAGCAGAUAGGCCUCAGCACUUUCGCAAGCGUCCCGGACCCCGUCUCUGGCCUGACGCAUGCCCAGGACUACAGAGUAGGACAGCACUGGGCGGCCAAGGCGGGUGUCUCAAGCAACGUGCGCUCCAUGCAGUCCGGGCCCGGUGGCGCGUUCAGCACGAGUCCGAUCAACCGCACCAAGUCCCUGCCGUCCAACACUCAGGACAUGGUGUUUGGCUUCAUCCCCAUGACGUCGACGGGGACCCCGUCUCCGAUGAUGACCUCGUGCGGAGGAUUUACGGGCCUGGACGCCGUGGACGCGGGCGACGAGUUCCGCAACAGUGGCGAGGCGGCGGCGCGGUUGACGCGAUCGUACUCGCGGGAGAACGCCAGCAGCCGCCUCCUGUCGCUGAGCGAGUACGGAUCGGACAUCUACGGGUACAGCAGCACGGAGAGGAAGAAAGGCUCCGACGGGGGCGACUCUGGCGCGGCCGCGACCCUGAUCAACGGGCUGCCCUACACGCGCCCAAAGCACCCGGAGCACCCGCUCACCACGGAAGGCAUGCCAGGUUUCCCUGAGGCCACAGAGGUACACCGAGCACCGGCCUCCGCUCUGAGUAACCCCGGGGGCUUCUAG